AUGUUGGAUGAUAUUAGGAAGAAGUACUUUAACAUUCACUACUUGAAAACUGAUGCAAUCAGUGUUAGCGACUUUGUGACUGGAAUAACAGUAUUAGCUCUGCACUACUAUGAGAAGUAUAAUCUUGAAAGGAAGUCCGUCAAGCCAUCUAAACUUACCCCUCACCACACAUUAAGAGAGGUUGACCAACUCCGCUAUCUAAAUGCUCAACUUCCUUUUUCUUACCCAAAGUAUGAGGGAGACUUUGACUCCUCGGAUGAUGAAUCCAUUCCACCACUUGGACGGCGUAAGAACUACCCUCAUCCUUCCCACUUUUCUCAGUACAAUGUACCUAUACCACGUGAACAUCCAAAACCUCAAACAAAAGCCCGAAUUCUAAAAAGGCCUAGAGUCCAUGACUUCUCAUCAUCUUCUAGCUCCAACUCUUCACCUCCUCCACAACCCAACAACCCAAACCCUCAAGGAAACCCAAAUCCAAAGUCAGGCCAAACCCCAAACUACAGUGACUAUGUACCAACCUACUUGAAGGAGCCCAAUGGUAACAAGAAGACUAACAAUGAAGAUCAAGAGUUUGACCCAGUAGAAGAGGAGUGA